AUGUUGCAGCAGUGGUGUGUUUGCUGUCAAGAGACUGAAGAAACUACAACUCUACAAGUGGGAUUCAAGGAAUUUUCGCAAACGAUGAAAAAGAUAAGGAACUUGAAGCAUCAAAAUGUACUUCCACUUGUUUCUUAUUACUCUAGCAAUGAUGAAAAAAUGCUUAUCUACAAAUAUCAAAACAGUGGAAGUCUACUAACACUUUUCAAAAAUUAUGUUGAGGGGAAAUGGAAUUUCCCAUGGAAACAAAGGCUGUCAAUUGCAGUUGGCAUAGCAAGGGGUUGUGAAAAAAUAUUUGAAAAAAUAUUGUCUACAAUAAAGGAGUUGUGGGAGAAACUUGAAAAAUUGUACCAAAUUAAAAGUAUUUCAAAUAGACUAUAUUUGAAGAAACAAUUUCAUAAAUUGCAAAUGGAUGAAGGUACAACUAUUUCUGAUCAUCUGAGUGUCUUGAAUCAGAUUGUUUCUGAAUUAGAAUCUAUUAGAGUGAAAAUUGAUGAUGGAGAUAAGGCACUUCGAGUCAUCUGGUCUCUUCCAUCUUCCUAUAAGCAAAUGCAACCCAUUUUAAUGUAUAGGAAGGAAAUUGUGAUUUUCUCGGAAGUGACGAGCAAAUUGAUUUCUGAGAAAAAACAGAUUGAAGAAUGGAGAUGA